AUGGUGGUGAAGGUGGAACGUAGACCGAUCCGCACAACGAACGAACCCAAGAUAUUAAUAAAAGAGGAAGUUACUAAUGAGGACGAUGAUAACGAAGAUUACGAUGGAAAGAUAACCGACUUGGAUUGUGUGCUAUGCAAAAAGAAUUUUAAGAGUGCCAGCGAGCUGUGGAGGCACAGCGCUCAAGUUCACGCCGCAGGAUUGUGCGACAUCUGCGGUAAACCGUUUGCGAGCAUCGAGAAGCUAAACAUUCACCGACGCAUCCACACCGGAUACAAACCGCACGCUUGCAGGACUUGUUCGAAGAGCUUCACCAGGAAGGACCAGCUGCGAGAGCACGAGAGAGUCCACACGGGUGAGAAGCCGUUCAUCUGCAAGUUCUGCGGCAAAGGUUUCUCGCAGCGGAGUCCGCUGAGGUUGCACGAGAGGACGCACACCGGUGAGAGGCCGUACAUCUGCAGGUUCUGCAGUCACGGGUUCAUCUCGAAGGCCGUCAUGGAUUCGCAUAUGAAGAGCUGCCAGGGUGCCUGA